UUGAGAGAGCUGUGCUUAGGUCGUGAUGAAACCAAGAUGGCGUGUAGUUCAGACAGGAUGAACGGGGGAUAGGUGACGAGGGAAGAAAACACACUGGAACAAAGCAACAUUUGUGUGCGCUCACGAAACGGUUGUUAUAACGAAAACGUCAACUUACACAGGAUGUGUAGGGGUCGGUAGAAAAGAAGAUAUCCGCGGUCUUCAUCCCUCUAGCCGACCGAGAGUGUGCGUAUGUGAUUGAGUGAGUGAGUGUGUUUGUGUAAGUGUGUGUGCUGGGAUGGGCUGAUCGAGGAGGCCGCAGAGCCACUGCCACCCAGAGACUGACCCACUAACGAACAAUAGACCCUGUAAUCAUCAUCAUCAUCAUACAAGACACCGACAAAACACAAAAAAUAAAACACACCGGCUCAUUAAUCACUGCGAGGCGACACGACCGUGCUUGAAGAACUCUGACCAAGUACAGAAAUUGUUUGCACCCAGAGCUAUGGAUGGAUCAGAGGAGUUUGUUCCACCACCGGAAUGUCCAGUAUUCGAACCAUCAUGGGAGGAAUUUGAGGAUCCACUUGGAUAUAUCGCCAAAAUCCGUCCGAUUGCAGAAAAGUCUGGCAUAUGCAAGAUUCGCCCACCACACGAUUGGCAGCCACCUUUUGCUGUCGAAGUCGACAAUUUCCGUUUCACACCACGUAUUCAGAGGCUCAAUGAGCUGGAGGCUGAGACACGAGUGAAGCUGAAUUAUCUGGACAGAAUCGCCAAGUUUUGGGAGAUCCAGGGAUCCUCUUUGAAGAUCCCCAAUAUUGAGCGACGUAUUUUGGAUUUGUUCAGCUUAGCGAAGAUUGUGACAGAGGAGGGAGGUUUUGAGGCAGUUAGUAAGGAGAGACGUUGGGCUCGUGUGGCACAGAAACUCGGUUAUCCUCCGGGAAAAAACAUUGGCUCUCUCCUGAGGUCACACUAUGAGAGGAUUGUGUAUCCUUUCGAGAUGUUCCAGUCUGGAGCCAAUUUACCGCCAUGUAAGCCCAGGCUAUAUGACAGUGAGGAGAUAGAUAAGGAAUACAAACCACACUCCAUCCCUCUUCGCCAAUCAGUCCAGCCAUCCAAGAUGAGCAGUUAUGGCAGACGAGCCAAUCGCCUUCAGCCGGAGGGUCCAGAGGAUCCAACUCACCACCCUCUUACAACUGGCUCUCAACACAUCUCCUCGCCGGAACCUACAGAGGAAGACAUAGAGAAGAACCCUGAGCUGAAAAAGCUUCAGAUAUACGGGGCUGGACCUAAAAUGAUGGGUCUUGGUCUUGUAGCUCGAGACAAGACGAGGAAGAAAGAUGAACUGCAGACAGUGCCACAGACGGUAAUAGUGCGGGAAAAUGCUGUCUGUGCAUCUGUUAAGGAGGAAACGGGAGAGACACCAGUCACAAAAUUAGAGCCAGACAUUCCCCCGCCACCCCCAAACCUCAUUGUCAAGGAGGACGUUGACGAUGACAAAAGUCACAUUGGCGAUCUUAAUGACAGUGGAGAUGAGCCUUGCACUAAGAUGACCAUGAGGCUCAGACGCAACCAAAGUAACCCACAGUUUGUGGACUCAUUUGUAUGUCGGAUGUGUGGACGCGGAGACGAGGAUGAGAAGUUGCUGCUCUGUGAUGGUUGCGACGAUAAUUACCACACGUUCUGCCUGAUACCUCCACUCACGGAACCACCCAAGGGCAACUGGCGCUGUCCUAAAUGCAUAGCAGAGGAGUGUAAAAAGCCUGCAGAGGCGUUUGGUUUUGAGCAGGCCACACGGGAGUAUACGUUGCAGAGCUUCGGUGAGAUGGCCGAUACCUUCAAAGCAGACUACUUCAACAUGCCUGUCCACAUGGUGCCGACAGAGCUUGUGGAGAAGGAGUUCUGGAGGUUGGUUAGUAGUAUUGAAGAGGACGUAACCGUAGAGUAUGGUGCAGACAUUCACUCUAAAGAGUUUGGUAGUGGUUUUCCUGUCAACAACGGCAAGAGACACUUGACAAAUGAGGAAGAGGAAUAUGCACGCAGCAGCUGGAAUCUGAACGUUAUGCCAGUGUUGGAACAGUCAGUAUUGUGCCACAUCAAUGCAGAUAUCUCAGGCAUGAAGGUGCCAUGGCUGUAUGUGGGGAUGGUGUUCUCUGCUUUCUGCUGGCACAUCGAGGACCACUGGAGUUACUCCAUCAACUAUUUACACUGGGGUGAGCCCAAAACGUGGUAUGGUGUGCCGUCAUCAGCUGCAGAGAAGUUAGAGGAGGUGAUGAAGAAACUUACACCUGAACUGUUUGAGUUCCAGCCAGACCUGCUCCACCAGCUAGUCACCAUCAUGAACCCAAAUAUACUCAUGGCUCAUGGAGUGCCGGUUGUACGGACCAAUCAGUGUGCUGGGGAGUUUGUCAUCACUUUUCCACGAGCCUAUCACAGCGGAUUUAAUCAGGGAUAUAAUUUUGCUGAAGCUGUCAACUUCUGCACUGCAGACUGGCUGCCCACUGGGCGAUCUUGUGUUGAGCAUUAUCGGCGGCUGAGGCGCUACUGUGUGUUUUCUCAUGAGGAACUGACCUGCAAGAUGGCGGCCUGCCCAGAGAAGCUGGAUCUGAACCUGGCAGCCGCAACGCACAGGGAAAUGUUCAUCAUUGUACAGGAGGAGAGGAAACUACGCAAAAGCCUGCUGGAAAGGGGCAUUAAGGAAGCUGAAAGGGAAGCAUUUGAAUUACUGCCUGAUGAUGAGAGGCAGUGUGACAAGUGUAAGACCACCUGCUUCCUGUCGGCCCUGGCAUGCUCGAACUGCCAGGAACGCCUCGUCUGCUUGUACCAUGCCCAGGACCUCUGCUCCUGCCCAACUGAAAAACUCUAUCUCAGGUAUCGCUAUACUCUGGAUGAGCUCUUGGCCAUGCUGCAUCGGCUGAAAGUUCGUGCUGAAUCAUUUGAUUCAUGGGCCAACCGAGUGAAGGAAGCCCUUGAGCAGGAAGAAGGCAACAAAAUAGGCAUUAAAGAUCUGGAGGUAUUGAAAGCAGAGGCAGCAGAGAAGAAGUUCCCUAAUAAUGAGCUGCUCCGGCGCCUAAACACUGUCCUCACAGACAUACACAAAUGUGAGAGCAGCAGCACUGAGCUCCUCAGCAACAGCCAGAGCAGCAGAAUGAGUCUGGAGGAGCUGAGGACUCUGGUGGAGACCAUGCAGAACCUGCCUUGUGUUAUGACACAGCUGGAGGAGGUGCAGGCUUUGUUACAGAAGAUAGAGGAGUUUAAUUCCCGUGCACAAGCUCUGGUCAACAGCACCAAGGGCGAGUGGAAGCAAGACACUCCUUUACCUGCAGCUGCAGAGAUCCAGGCCCUGCUGGAAGAGGGAGCCUCUUUGCUGGUUGUUGCCCCAGCAUGUGAGCUCCUCAGCGGGCUGCAGGAGCAGGGACACUGGCUGGGAGAGGUCAGGCGGACGUUGGGGCCAGAGGGGGGUGAGGUGACUCUGGCUGUGCUGAGGAACUUGAUGGAGGCGGGUUGUAACGUACCGCAGAGUUUGUCAGUGGAGACUGCCAUGGCUGAACUGCAAGAGCUGCUGACUAUAGCAGAGCGCUGGGAGGAGAAGGCCCAGAUAUGUCUGGAGGACAGGCAGAAACAUAAUCUCUCAACGCUGGAGGCCAUUGUGAACGAGGCCCAGCUCAUACCAGUGCAGCUACCCAACAUCCUGUCCCUGCAGGCCUGCCUGAGCCGAGCCCGUGCUUGGGUCACUGACCUAGAGGAAAUCCAGAAUGGUGAGCACUACCCGUGUCUGGAUGAUCUGGAGGGUUUGGUGGCCAUUGGGCGUGACCUGCCUGUAAAGAUGGAGGAGCUGAAGCAGUUGGAGCUGCAAGUGGCCAGUGCUCACUCCUGGAGAGAGAAGGCCAGCAAAACCUUCCUGAAGAAAAACAGCCAGCACAGUCUCCUGGAGGUGUUGUGUCCGUGUGUGGAGAAGAGCAAGAAGAGGGAGGAGAACUCAUUGGGCACAGAGUCAGACUCUGAUGUCAAUGUGUUAGGCCUUACUGCUCAGGACCUCAGAGACCCAGGAGCUAUCGUGAUUGCAUUCAAAGAGGGAGAGUGUCUGGAGAAAGAGGCCCUCCUCCGCUUGCAGCAGGUCAAUUUAGCUAAACCUGGCCUGGAAAAAGGAUUGAGGGAUGAUCAGAAUGACAAAAAGACAGAAAGGAGAUGGAGUGACUCCAUGGAGACAGAUACACCCCUCAAUUCAGCCGGCCCCAAACUGCAAAAUGGUAGUUCCUCCCCUUCCCUUACCGCUCACCAAUCAGUGUGCAUGUGCGGUGGCCCACCCCGCCCCUUGCUUCACCGGUGCCACUUGUGCAAAGACUGGUUCCACGGAGACUGUGUACCCUUUCCACCACUGCUAGGCUCCUCUGACAUGCAGCUAACCAAACCCCUCUGCUGGUGGGACUGGAAUACACGUUUCCUCUGCCCACGAUGCCAAAGGUCCCGUCGGCCAAGACUGGAAACUAUUCUAGCCCUGCUGGUGGCGCUGCAGAGAUUACCUGUGCGGCUGCCAGAGGGAGAGGCAUUACAGUGUUUAACAGAGAGAGCCAUCAACUGGCAGGGCCGAGCCAAACAGGCACUGGACACUCCAGAAGUGCAGGGGGCGCUAGAGACACUGCUUCAAUUGAAGGAGGAAAUGCAGAGUAUUAAAGAGGAAGAACCAGAGCAGAAAAAGAAAUGGAAUGGCGAUACUGUAAUUGUGCUGUCUGACUCGGAGGAAACAGAAGAUGGUGUUAUCGAUCUGACAGAGGAUGUAAAUUCCCCUAAAAAGAGUGAAGAGAAGGUUGCAAAUGGUACACAGUCUGGCUAUAAGAAUGGAAUCACAAGGAAGCCAAGCCCUCAUGACUUCACAGGGUUGGAGUCUCUUCUGUCAUUUGUGCCAUGUCUUAAAGGGCCGGUGAUCGAGCUGACCCCGUCCACCAGAACACAGCUGGAGGAGCUUCAGCUAGAGGGAGACCUGCUGGAGGUCAUGCUCGAUCAAACACACACCAUUUACCGGCUCCUACAGGCAUCAUCACAGCCACCUCAAGAUGCCCUGCACACACUCAUAGAGAUUGAACUGCAGGAGCAAAGAAACUCAGGUCGUGGCAACAAGUCAAAGGACUCCAAGAGGAAGAGGAAGAGCCAGAAAAUUGAUGGAGAGCCGAAAUCCACAGAUGCUUCUGAAUGCAAGAAAACGAGACCUGUCAAUCCCACACCCCCACAGAUCCACACAGAGAUCUUGUGAUGUUGCCCUGAAGCUGUGGAGGGGAAAAUGGUGGAUGAGAUGAGAACCACAGACAGACAAAUGCAGGACUUAGGCUCAUCCUCCCCACCUAAUAAGCUCACAAAUUAAUUGUCCUUUUCAACCCAUCAAAUGGUCGCUCCCCACCUUCAUACUAAACUGCACUCCUCAAUGUGUUUUUUCUUUGCAUUUUUUAACACCCAUAAUCCUGAAUGGUGCACUUGUGCACAAAUGCAGGGCACGGAUCUCUGUUCUCUUAGAGGAGGGAUAAAAUGAGAUUUGCCCUGCGGUUAAGCUGUCUGUCUUAACAGUUUAAGUGUACCAAACUGUGCUUCUCACAGUCGAAUACCGUGUGCUGCAUAAUACGACUUGUCCAGGUAUACACACACAUUUGACGGCCUGGCAGCGAGGGGACAUUUAACAGGACACUGGCAUUGCUGCCAAGUCAAUACCUGUAUUCUUUUGUACCGAGUCUCGUGUUUUGUUCAGGGAGACUCUACAUUGUGAAUAAAUUAGUACAAUAUUUUGAAAGUGUGAUGGAUAAACAAAGGCAUUUAUGUUCUGGUGCUACUUUCCUAAGAUAAGUUACUGCAUAGUCCUCUCUUUUCCUCUGAGUUUUGCUUUAUUCAUUGUCAUUUUCUUUCAGUGCUUCUGUUGUCUCUUUUAAGCUAUCUGCUCUGUACCCCUCUUCCUUUACACAGAACUGUGCAAAACCUCACUUUAACACUAUCUCCAUCUUAUUUUUUCGCUGGGGUUCUAAUAAUUCUAUUAUUAUUAUUAUUAUUAUUAUUGGUAUUGCGAUUGCAGACACGCAUUGUCGUGAGUUUGUGUAUAAACAUUUUCAUUUCAA